CCUCCGGAGGCAACUGGACCGUCGCCCACCCCCUCAGAGGGUAAGUAAGGUGAGUGGGGCCCCGACACUCAGACCGAGUUCCUGCCUCAUUUCCCCCUCCCUCCCCUCUCAGCCCCGCUCGGAACAGAGGGAGGCUUCUCUCCAUCAACAGGUCAGUGAGGGACGGACCGGAGCUGGUUAUCAACUGGGAAGAAGCGGGCCCGAGUCUCUCCUCCCCACUCACUCCCCCGGUAGGUCACAAGUUGAGGCAGACUUGUCAAGUUCAAAGCACAGCCAUGUAAAUUUCACAGCAAGUACCACCUCCUUCAUCAACAUGGAUUUUCGGAAACCAAACCAACUUUUACCUUAACAGUUUCAGAUAUUAAGAUAAGUGGAAAGGUUUCAGUUGUAAUCAUGACUACCUCACACAUGAAUGGACAUGUUGCAGAGGGAUCAGAUAAUGAGGCUAAGAACAUAGACCUUUCAGCUCAUGAUGAGCCACCAAGGCACAGAGAAAUGGCAGUGGAUUGUCCUGAUGACUUGGGUUCACGAACCAUGCCUAUUCGUCGAAGCGCUCAGUUGGAGAGAAUUCGCCAGCAACAGGAUGAUAUGCGUCGUAGACGAGAAGAAGAGGGAAAGAAACAGGAGUUUGACCUUAAUUCUUCCAUUCGACUGAAAAAAUUAGCGCAGGUUCAGCCAAAAGUGGGCAUUGAUAACCCUACAUUUGAAGACAUUUUAGAAGGACCCAGCAACACAGUUAAAGUUCUAGAAGUAGAUGAGCUGCUGUCUUCUCUAAAACACAUACAACACAGCCUGGUUGACAGUCAGAGUCAGGAUGAUGUGACACUCAUUUUGCAGCUGGUUCAGAACCGGGAUUUCCAAAAUGCUUUCAGCAUUCACAAUACGGUAGCCAUUCAUAUGCACAAGAUGAGUCCACCAUACCCUGUGAACGCCAAUGCACAGGAACUAUCCCAGGAGGUGCAGAAGAUUUUGACCAUCAGUCACCAGAAGGAUGGACAGGAACUCAGUACUCUUCUUGCUUCACCACACUUUGAAGCACUGCUUCUAGCCCAUGAUGGAAUAGCACAGCAAGAAAUGCUUCUAGAACCAACAACUGAACACCAUGUAUAUGAGAGAGUAGCAGAGUACGGAGGAGAGACUGUGAAAAUUGUUCGCAUUGAAAAAGCACGCGAUAUCCCCCUUGGAGCUACGGUACGCAAUGAUGUGGAAUCUGUCAUUAUCAGUCGUAUUGUGAAGGGAGGUGCUGCAGAAAAGAGUGGUGUAUUGCAUGAAGGAGAUGAAGUCCUUGAAAUAAAUGGGAUUGAGAUUCGUGGAAAAGAUGUCAAUGAAGUGUUUGAUUUGCUGGCUGAUAUGCAUGGUACACUGACAUUUGUGUUGAUUCCCAGUCAGCAGACCAAGAAUCCUCCUGCCAAGGAGAUGGUGAUACACGUGAAAGCCCAUUUUGAUUACGACCCCUCAGAUGAUCCUUAUAUUCCCUGUCGUGAGCUGGGAUUGUCUUUCCAAAAAGGAGACGUACUUCAUGUAAUAAGUCAAGAAGACCCCAACUGGUGGCAAGCUUAUAGAGAUGGAGAUGAAGACAACCAGCCAUUAGCUGGGCUUGUUCCAGGGAAAAGCUUCCAGCAACAAAGAGAAGCUAUGAAACAAACCAUUGAGGAAGACAAGGAACCAGAGAAAUCAGGUAAACUUUGGUGUGCUAAGAAAAAUAAGAAGAAGCGGAAGAAGGUGUUAUACAAUGCGAAUAGAAAUGAUGACUAUGACAAUGAUGAGAUCUUAACGUAUGAAGAAAUGUCACUGUAUCACCAACCUGCAAGCAGAAAACGGCCAAUUGUUUUAAUUGGCCCACCGAACUGCGGUCAGAAUGAACUGCGACAGAAACUAAUGGAAAGAGAGGCUGAUCGUUUUGCCCCAGCAGUACCUCAUACAACGCGUUCCAUGAGAGAUAAUGAAGUGAAUGGGCGUGAUUACCUCUUUGUGUCACGCCAAUUUUUUGAAGCUGACAUGGCAACCAACAAAUUCAUUGAACAUGGAGAAUAUGAAAAGAAUCUGUAUGGCACCAGUAUUGAUUCGGUGCGACAGGUGAUCAACUCUGGAAAGAUAUGCCUGUUAAAUUUACAUACCCAGUCAUUGAGGAUUCUGCGCAAUUCAGAUUUAAAACCUUAUAUAAUCUUCAUUGCACCACCUUCCCAGGAGAGACUGCGUGCAAUGCUGACCAAAGAGGGGAAAAAUCCUAAGCCUGAAGAUCUGCGGGAUAUCAUAGAAAAGGCCAGGGAAAUGGAACAAAACUAUGGUCAUUAUUUUGAUGCAGCUGUUGUUAAUACAGACUUGGAAAAGGCAUACCAGGAGUUAAUUCGCCUCAUAAACAAGCUUGACACAGAGCCUCAGUGGGUUCCAUCCACGUGGCUUCGGUGAAAAACAGAUCAUCGGGUAACAAGUCCGCUUUCCGGCCAUUUUGCAGAAGUGAUCAUUGAUGGAAGAGACAGAAUGGAAGAAAAAUUAACAAAAUAUUUGACAUUCCAUUUUAUACCAGCACUUGGUGGUAGAAAUAAUCAUGUAAUUACUAUUAUGGUAACUAUUUAUAAUGUAAAUAUAGAUACACUUCUGACAUUAGCUAUCGUUGAAUCACCCUGUAAAUAACCCUGGGUCUAGGCUGUACUGAGUUCAGCUUUUAGGUGUGGCAUUUUUAUAUAUUUUUUAGGUUUCAGCCUUGCUGGGGGACUGCUUAUGUCGAGCAUUGUUCUAGAGUCUUUUGUGAGGAUUAAGUAUGCAGACGACAGAGUAUAUUUUUAUGAAAUAAAAUAGAAUUCACAAAUUCCACCAUAUAGAUUUUUAUAUUUUAACAGACAUUGUGCAUUCCUCCUAGCAGGAACAACACUACAUUGGAGUUCAGAGGCUUGCUCAGCUGGAAGGCUUGAUAGUUUUUAAGUUUUUUUUUAAAAAUGUGUUUGUGAGAACCUGAUUUGUGCAGACUAAUAAAUUGUCUCUUAUGAUCGGAAUGUUUGAUCAAAGACUGGAAUAGAAUUAUUGAAUGUAACUACUGUAAAGUAAAGCAAUAAUUGGCACAACAGGCAUCCCAAACAGCUGCCUUUUCAAAAAAUAAUCAUCAAAUGUGAAUGUUUUAAUUUAAAAUAAUACGAGUCCUGUUGAAAUCUCUUCACGCAAUUUUGAUUAGUAAUGAUGUUUUGUGGGUUUUUUGAGAAUAAAGUUUUUAAACACUGGAAUUUCAUGACGGUUCAUGGCUAGAAUUGGCUGAACAGUCUCCAAAUAAAUGAUGUAUGUUUUCUUAGUUUUGUCAACUGUAUUUUGUACCAUAUUUUUCCCCAGUAUUAAACUAAUAGUGCAGAAGCACUGGAGAUAUGGUGCAGCUUUUCCACCUUUGAUGCUUAUCUGCUUGGACUAAAGCGAAGCAGCAUCCAUGAAAAGUUGAAAUGAUGCAGAAUGGGGGUGUUACUUGUGGGGGACAAAAUGAUUGGUUGACAUGCCACAUGACAUGUACGACCUUUGUGGCUUCAGUCAAGUUCAUUGGACAGGCGUGUGGAUGUGGCAUGUGUGCCAGUAAUGCAGAUUUUAAUUGAGGGAUCCACCUAUAAGAGGUACCAUCUAAGCAUGGAAUACACAUCUGCAUUCGCUCAGUUAAAAACUGUUUUCAGAGCCUUGACUGCACAUAGAAUAUUGUAAAAUUGUAUUUGUAGAUUUUCAAUAAAACAAAUCACUCCUG